CAAAAAAGCGGGAAUAAUAUUUUGAAAUUGAAAGUAAUAUCAAUCAUUGUUGUAGAACGAAGGAUUAAGAUGGGUUUUAUUUCUUUGACUGCUGAUCAUCCAUAUUUCUAUUUAUGCUGUGAUUGGCUUGAGGAUUUGAAUAAUCCGGAAUUUGAAGCAUUUUUAAAAAAUGAAGAAAAUUAUUUUACAAAAACACUUAUCAAUGAGCCUGUACUUUACUUCGGUAACACUUUAAUUCUGGACUACACAAUGAUGGUAAAAGAAUUACGAUGCAUUGAUUUGAAUUAUCUAAUAGAGCAAAGAUUCAGACAAACCAAAAUUCGAGAUGAAUUAGAAAAAAUUACACCAAAAUCUAAAUAUCGACAAGAAUGCGUACAUUGUGAGCAUCACGAAGAGGAAAAAAAAGAUGAACGUGGUAAUGAAUAUGACGAUGAAGAUUCUGAUGAAUAUGAAAGUUUAAAAAAAUUGAUGCUACAAAUGCAAUUAACCAAAGAAGACUUCAAUACUGAAGGAGAAGUUUCUCGAAUUGAUGCUGAAGUGAAAAAACCAGAAAAUAUUAUCAAGCAAAAAGCUACAGAAGGUCAAGAGGGCAGAAAAAAACAUAUGAAAAAACCAGCAAAAAAAAGCGAAUUGGAUGUUAUAAAUAGAUUGUGGUUCAAACGUGAACAAAGUCCUCCACCAAGAAAUGAAAUGGAAACUUAUCUUAAUGAGAUACGAACUACAGUUCGUAAAGAACUUCACACUUUGCUAUUUCUUUCUACAGUUGAAGUAAUUACUUUAUCAAUUAGUCAUUAA